UCUCUCUGGUCAUUCCACAUUCCUUCUUCUUCUUCUGCUGGUGUGUUACUUCAAAUCCCUUCGGAACCCCCCGAAGAAUAAGAGUCGUCAUCAAGAGCUUGGAAACGUGUCAUCAACUCAUAUUCACUUUGUAAUUUGGAUACUUCAAAAUGGGCGACUCUGUGUUGAAUCAGAUAUUAUCUAGUCUCCAAGAGAUUCGAGACGAGAAUGCUCAACUGGCCUCUACCGUGGAUCAGAUCAACGGCCGUGUCAAUGUUUUGGCCGGCGUGAAAGAACUCAAGGACAAUGGACCGGACGUUUUGAAGCUACCGCAGGUGGAAAAGAAGCAAGAAACAGUCCCGGUCGCCACCAAUGGAGCAGAGAAACAGAUACCUACCGUAUCGCGGCCGACUGACUCCGAUCCGGAGAUCUCGAAGAUCGUCCUCACGUCGUAUCCGGAUCGGGGUGGAAUGGACCCAUUGCCCAUGAAUUGGGGUCAUGAAGAUCCGAAUACGAGAGGUCCGGUAGUUGUGUCGAGGCAUAAGAACUCGAUUCGACGACGAAAUGCCAUUGGCGCCCAUGGCGGGUCAUACUCGGUCUAUAAUGCACUCGCUGUAGCGAGUAGCGAACUAGACGUCAACCACAAGCCGGAUUUCACCAACACGGAGCCCGCGGUAGAUAUCAAGCCGCAACCACAGUGGAAGGAUCCGAAGAAGAUCGUCGCGAUGGACCCAUUGGGCCACCUGGCACCGUGGCUCUUCAAAGAGGUCAUCGAUAAAGACGGUGUCGAAAUCCGACCCACCAUCGCCGUGACCAAGGCGCAUAUGAAGCUCCCGGAGCUGGAGAACAGCGUCCGCGAAGGUCGAUUGAAGCCGGAUGGCAAGAUCUGCAUCAAUGAGCAAGGUGAAUUGGCCGUCACGAAAGUUGCCGUCGAGCCCGUGUGGCACCUUCCUGGCGUCGCGGAGCGAUUCGGAAUAGACGAAACCCUCCUUCGUAGAACCCUAUUCGAGGAGACCGGUGGUUCUUAUCCAGAACUGAUCACGAGAGGUGACAUUGAUCUGUUCCUUCCUCCGAUUGGCGGGUUGACGGUCUAUAUCUUUGGAGACCCCGCGAAAAUCUCUGAUGCCAAUGUAAAACUGGCUCUCCGAGUUCAUGAUGAAUGCAAUGGAAGCGACGUGUUUGGCUCAGAUAUCUGCACGUGCCGGCCUUACCUGAUUUUCGGCGUGGAGGAGGCCGUCAAGGAAGCCCAGAAUGGCGGCAGCGGGAUCGUCAUCUACUUCCGCAAGGAAGGCCGUGCAUUAGGCGAAGUCACUAAGUACCUGGUCUAUAAUGCGCGGAAGCGAGGUGCGGACCGUGCCAGUGAGUACUUCAAACGGACGGAGAACAUCGCCGGCGUCAAAGAUAUGCGGUUCCAAGCCUUGAUGCCAGACAUCCUCCACUGGCUGGGCAUUACCAAGAUUGACCGCAUGCUCAGCAUGUCCAAUAUGAAGCAUGACGCAAUUGUAGAGCAAGGGAUUCCAAUCCACGAGCGAGUCCCCAUUCCCGACGAGCUGAUUCCAGAGGACAGCCGAGUGGAAAUCGACGCGAAGAUCCAUGCAGGAUACUUCACCACAGGAAAAACGAUGACUAUGGACGAGUUGGCCAACGUCCAUGGUCGUGCAUGGGAUGAUGUCGAUGUAAGAGAACCUAUCUGCGAUUUACACCGGUUUGACUAACAUGUAUACAGCACUAACAGGGGCGAAGCCAUGGCGGCCGCGUCGGAGGGGGGUUAUUGGUCGCUCGUACGGGCCAACGGUUCAACUUCGAAGGCAAUUGGGCCGCAACGGAUGUAUGUAACGAAACAACCGGGUGAUAGAACCAACUCUAGAUUCCGCGGAACUAGCAAGGGGCGCGCUCGUCGCCCAUCCCCAAAGUGAUCAUCUGAACAUGUCGUGCAAGCGGACCGCCGCCCAACACGCCAAAACGCAUCUGGG